AUGGAGGAGCUGAAGAAAUUUUCUCGAUUUCGGCUUCACGAGGAGAAACUGGCGAUGCGUGAAAUUGAGGGAGGGGUCCUAACUUUAGCAGCAGCAGCAUCCCUCGCUGUGGCGUCUACGCAGGAAAAUGAUCAGGCAAGUAACAUAAAUAGUCAAGUUGUCCUCGACGAGGAGCACCGUGAUCAAGAUCCUACAGAAACAUCUCUAACGCCCAUGAGGAACUACCUGACCUUACAAAUCCUCAUGGCCAUAGCACUGAAGCCCGUGCUGGAAUCAGCCGGACUAUCCAAAAAAUACCUCGAGACAAAGUUGAGGUGGAUAGUACACAGUGCAUUAUUCUACACGGGCUCCCUGAAUCAACUAAUGGUAGUCCAAAGAGCAGAAUAG